AUGGCCCAUGCUAAGGCGCUCGCGAUCACAGAACUGAAUAUCGACGCUGAUUUCACCACUUCAUCUCCCGUUCUGGACCGCGAAGAGCAUGGACCGAUGUAUCACCGUGGUGGAAGCAAUGGCCUAACCCGUCGCCAUCCCAGCGGCCAUGCUUCCUCUUCCUCACCAUCUUCUACCCCUUCAUCUGCUGCCCCUUCUCCUGCUGCUGCUGCUGCUGCUCCUUCUGCUGCUAGGAAGGAAGAGUUGGAGCGGUCAUGGACACCACACGUCCCGACUCCUCCCAUCAGCGUAACUCUUGAAACCGGUGACCAGGUUGGCCUGGAGGAACCCAUCACGAAUCUAGGGAGGAGAAGCCAGAUUGGAGCCAGGCCUGCGUCCGGUCCUGGAUCUUCGGAGCUCAAGCAGCUCUACGCCAACGCUGGCCCUGAACGUCUCGCUCAGCCAGAGCCCAGCAACAGCGGAAACGGCUAUUACGCCCACGACCAUCGACUCCAUCAUCACCAUCAGGGUCGUCGUCGUAACGACAGUUCUGGUGAUGAGUUUUCUCAGUGUCACUCUCCCAGGACCUCCCCCCUUUCAGAGGUGUUCUCCGCCGAUUCUGACCUCCCACGGCCCACGUCCUUGACGUCACUCUCAACGGCGUCUCCCGUCUCAGACGAGCUGCGAACUCCGCCAGAUUCACGCCAGGGAAGCCUUUCUUCUCCCUUUCUGUCCUCCCCAAACCUUCGCCGUCAUGGCUCGAUCGAUAGUGAAGGGGACUCGUGGCCCAGUCUCACCCGUCACCUCUACGGAAGCCUCACCGAGAGCUACUCCUUUGGUCGACGGACGAACAGCCUACGACAGUCCAUGCGAUCUUACUCCCGCAGAUCUCCCAACAUGAGCGGUAAAUCACCAGCCAGCGCCUUUCUCUCUACCAUGAAUGGUGAAGAAGCUCCUCCGAAGCCUGACGACGAAGGCCAGGUUAUCGGGCAGGACUACGUUAUCGGCAAACAGAUUGGAUUUGGAGGUUUUAGCACCGUCAAGGAAGCAUUCAAAGUCACCGAUGAAGGCAAGACCAUACGACACGCAGUCAAGAUUGUCAAAAAAUACCUUUCGGGCAAAAGCGAGAGAGAAAAUGACCAGGUGCAGGCUGAAUUUGACCACGAAGUUCGCAUCUGGCGAUACCUAAACCACCCACACAUACUAUCACUGGAUGCGGUCUACGAAACCGAUUAUGCUACGUUCUGCUUCACUAAGCUAACCGAAGGAGGCUCACUCUUCGACAUGGUGAAGAAAAAGCGCCAAGAUAUCCCACUUUCCCACGCAAAACAAUACUCUUACCAGCUGGCGUGUGCCCUCCGAUAUCUACACGAGGAUGCCCGUGUCGUUCAUCGAGACAUCAAGCUGGAGAACUGCCUCUUGGAGCCAAAUGGAUCGGAAGACAUCCCGCGCCUAAUUCUCUGUGACUUCGGCAUGGCUGAAUGGAUGACAACCGACACAUGCAGCUCUCCCGACCCUUACGACAACGCUGCUGAUCGACUUCCACCCAAACCUAUUGGGCCUUCAGACACAAGCACCAGCAUGGCUGGCAGUCUAGAGUACGCCUCCCCCGAGCUCCUGAUGGCCAACGUCGGGGUGCUUGACCCGGUUGUCGAUGUCUGGGCGUUUGGCGUCGUCGCCUACUCCCUUAUCGUGGGCUCCAGGCCAUUCCAGAGUUCUUUCCAGCCACGUAUCCAGACCAAUAUCCUGGCUGGCAAAUGGGACCGCAACGCCGUCUUGGCCACUACGGACGAAUCUGAGAAGCACGACCGUGAGGACGCACUGGAGAUGAUCGAAGGCUGCCUUGAGAUGGACCCCAUGAAACGAUGGACGAUCUCCGACGUCCUUGCUUGCCGAUGGUUUCAUAGCUGCGCAGACACUGCGGAGCUUGCCACCCGUCUCAAUGGAUGGGGGUUCUCCUCUUGA